AUGGCAAGCUCAAAGUCGCAGGACAAGGAACAAUUGCCUAUAGAUAACGAAAAGCAAACAUCCUCGGCAAAAGAAAUAACUAGCACUAGUACUAAUGCUUCGAGUUCUGUCUCUACAACCACUUUCUCUCAGAUAUUGCUUGUUCCGGAGAUAAUGGCCGAGAUAUGUGAAUAUGUUCCGCCAGGAGAUUUGUAUAGUCUUUCUACCGUAU